AUGGCUUUAUCCUCUAGGCCCCAAGCCUACACCUGUGCCCGCUGCUUGGUGCUCGCGAGCACCAGGCGCACCUUCUCCGCUUCCUCGGUCGCCCGAACCGCAACGACACAAACACGAGGUUUCAACUCUGGCUUCACAAGCAGCUACGAUCCGAAUUCCGAACAUGGCCGAGGCCCCAUGUUCAAAAAGAAUAGUUUUGGGGUUCCUCAGUUCUACCCCCGAGACCUGAAGAAGCGGGUUGACGAUUACGUUGUUGGGCAAGACCGAGCAAAGAAGACGAUAUGCUCCACAAUAUUUAACCACUAUCAGGGCUUGCGGAGGAGGAGACAUCAGGAACAUGAAGAGAGGGUGCAGAGGGAAAAGGCAGAGCGACAGCGGUAUGCACGGGACAGGGACAUCCUUGAGAAGCGUGAUACCCAUCCUGUUCAAGGUCAGCGCGAUCGUUACUCUGCCUUCCAGCGCUUCCCAGCUGAUGAUGAAUGGCCCCCAGACGAGUUCCCUGGUCACGCUGAAGCUACACAGCACUUAGGAGAGGGCUAUGGCUCUUCCAACGGGUCCGAUGGGUCUUACCUAUCCGAAGAACCCCCGACUCCCCCGCAGGUCAAGAUUGACAAGAGCAACUUGCUCCUCAUCGGUCCUACUGGUGUCGGAAAGACGUAUAUUCUUGAGACUUUGAGUAAGAAGCUCAACGUGCCGUUCACGAUAUCCGACUGCAACUCCUUUACACAAGCCGGCUACAUCGGUCAGGAUGUGGAGACAUGUGUAGAGAGAUUGCUGAUUGAAUCGAACUACGACAUCAAAGCGACUGAACAUGGCAUCAUCGUUUUGGAUGAAUUCGAUAAGCUGGCCAAGAGGGAGAGCAUGAACGGCCGGGAUGUUGGCGGAGAAGGUGUCCAACAAGCUUUACUCAAGCUCGUCGAGGGCUCCAAAGUGACCAUUAAUGUCAAGGACAAUCGAUCUUCGCGGUCAACACCACCCAUCACCACCAACUACACGUCCUCGAGCUCAACGUCGGCCCCUCAGUCCACUCCGCCGCAGGCGAAGGUCGACCAAUACACCAUAGAUACUACAAACAUUUUAUUUGUCUUCUGCGGCGCCUUCGUUGGUCUUGACAAAGUUGUCGUGCGGAGAGUGUCGAAACCCUCAAUGGGCUUUGGGUCCGAGUUACGAGGCAAGCAGAGCCUUUCCGGCAAUCAACACGAUUUGCCGCGCCACCUAUUUUCGCAUUUGCCUCACACAUUCGGUUUCAUUCCCGAGCUGAUUGGCCGAGUGCAUAACAUCUGCGCUUUGAGUCCUUUGUCUUUGGGUGAUCUUUACAGGAUCCUUACAGAGCCACGAAACUCUCUAGUCGCACAGUACACUGCACUUUUCGAAACCUACCCUUCCCGCCUGCACUUUACCAAGAAGGCACUAUACGCCAUUGCCGAAAGAGCUGUCAAGGCUGAGACCGGAGCCCGUGGCCUGAAGAUGGAAAUGGAGCGUGUUCUCGCGGAACCGAUAUUUGACGCCCCGAUGCCGUAUGUCUUAAUCACUGAGGGCUGUGUGAAAGGCAACGAGAAGGCCGGUUACUGGGGCAAGGAUGGCCGCAUGGAGUUGGAGCGAAGGAUGGCAGAUGAGGACGUCGAACACAGCUCGCGCAUUCCCGACAUAACCUUUGAGCAGUUCCGAGAGGCCGGCCAGAGCGGCGCUUGAGGGCCGUCUUCGGGGGGGUAUUGUUGUCGUGGCCCAUUCGGUGUGUAUCUGCUGCUAUAUUUUGAGGGAGUAGUGGUGUCGAUGACGAUGAUCCACGUCGGAAUGGAAAUACUUCAACGAGGUGGAGUUUCAGUAAUUUCCAAAU